AUUGUUGCUGACUUGACAUUUUAGCCGGAAAUGUUUUUAGCAAAAGCUAGCUGUUUAGAGUCGGAUGGAAAUGCUUUGUACAAGCUUUCUUGUGGACUGACUCAAAACGUGGUGUCGGGUAUGACCGUCAUAAACCUGUCCUUUGGUGCCUGUGGUUUCUUGGGGAUCUACCACCUGGGUGCUGUAAGGGCUUUUGUCCACCAUGGGGAGAAGCUGUUGGGCUCCGUCAAGGCGUGUGCAGGAGCCUCUGCUGGGGCCCUGGUGGCUGCAGUCCUUAUCACAGCUCCCGACAAAAUCCAGCGCUGCAAGGAAUUCACCUACAGUUUUGCAGAUGAUGUGAGACAACAGCGGUUUGGAGUCUUGACACCGGGCCACAACUUCAUGCUCACACUACGGGAGGGGAUAGACGAGAUUCUGCCCGGCGAUGCCCACAGUCUUGCCAGUAAUCGCCUUCAUGUUGCAAUUACACACGCUACAAGUGGCAAGAACCACAUUAUAUCAAAGUUUGCCUCCAGGGAGGAACUCAUAAAGGCUCUCCUGGCAAGCUGCUUUAUACCCAUCUAUGCUGGUUUCCAGGCAGUGGAGUUCCAAGGACAGAAAUGGAUUGAUGGAGGGUUCACUGAUUGCCUGCCACUUCUUCCUGUGGGGCGCACAAUUACUGUCUCUCCCUUUGCUGGACUACAAGAUGUAUGUCCUGCCCACAGGGGGCACUUCAACAGAUAUCUCAGGCUGCCCAAUAUGAAUAUAAUGUUGUCCAUGGAGAACAUCAAGCGGCUGAGCCAGGCAUUGUUCCCUCCAGACUCUGCUGCCAUGCACUCGUUAUGUCAAGAAGGUUUUGAUGAUGCUGUGAAGUUUCUGAAGAAAGAGGCCUGGAUGAGCUGAUGGAUGUGACAGCAGUAGUACUGGAUGAAGAUAGAAGAAGAGUUGUGUGCACAUUAAAGUAAAUUUGUCGUCUGCAUUUAACUUGUCUGAAUAAUAGUGAGACACAAGCCAACCAUGCGGAGUAGUGUGCAGCAUGUCUGGCACCUGAGAACUAACUCUGGGUCUACAGAUGCUCUUUUGGUCAAGGGCACACACGGGUGGCAGAAGAAUAUUUCACCUGACGCUGAAUGAAGUCGUCUGAUGCGCUAAUCUAUAUGUCGCUGACAGCAGAAGGAAAAUGGUCCUUUCUGAAGCAUUAUUUUGGGACUUGUUUAAUUUAAUAAUUUAUUCAUGUAGAUAACCACCUUUAUCAGGAUUUACUCCAUAUUACUCAUGACAACUAAAUAUAACCAUGUCUUUUGAUUGGUUGAUUGCAUCCCAUCGUAUGACUGACAAUGUACCAUGCAUUUUUGUCCCAUACUUUUUUGCUCUAUUGUGGUCCUCCAUUAGCUUUUUGUUAAAAUGCUUCCAAGGCAGGACGAAGCUAAAUCCAGCAGCUGCUGUGGUCAUGGGGGCAUCUUUUGCGAUUUUAGAAGUGCUGUCACAUGAACAAUUAGGCAGGUUCAUCCCCUGAAUCUUGGCUGGAUUUAGAAUAGUAGAUGUACGCGUAUGUUUCCUGGUUCGCUUGCUAGGCAGUCAGCCGCUGGGUGGACACAUUGCACUGUGUGUACAGUAGUGUUC